AUGUCUCUGCCCACCGAGAGCAGCAUCUCGGCUGCUCCCUCGGUCCUGCCUCCCCUACCCCUUCUCGAUGCUGUCCUGGACGGCUCUGCCGACCUAGCCUGUUCCUCGUCAACUGUUUCCUUCGCGUCGUCUGCCGUCCACUCGAUCAGCUCGACACCUCCCACCUCCGUUUCCGACUCCUGCAGUCAGUCCUCGGAUGUACCGAAACUCGAGAAUAUUACCGUCGCCGUUGAUACGCCGCCUCCCCCCGAUCUACCCGUUUCCGAUCCCAAUGGAGACGCAACGCCCCACGCCGCGUCAGCCUCCGCAUCACGCCCCCGUCGUUCUUGUGCAGUUGCGACCUACAACUUGAACGAAUUGAGCGGCACGUCGGCUCAUGGAAAACGACGCGCCAAUGGCGACAUCGUGGCUGAGAAGCGCCGCCGGACGAUUUCGGGUGAUACUGUGGUUGCUCGUCAGAAGAAGGACCGGAAUGACGGCCUUGCUGCGGCCAAAGAUUCAAAGGGCUUGUUACGCGCCGGAAUUGACGCGUUGGAUCUCCAGUGGUCCAUCAGCCAGCUCGACACGCCUCCUUCGCACCGUCGUUCGAAGAAUGACCUACCUCCUCUCUCCACCAGCCUCCGCUCUUCGGCGCGUCUUGCCGGCGAGAGUGCGGCCGCCGCGGUUACCUCCCAAAUCGCCUCUCUUAGCAAGCAUGGCAAAAAGGCCCUGGAAAAUACUGCGUUUGCCAUGUCGCGCGAGCUUAAGCGCCUCCAAGACACCAAGGAAUUCGCUCACAUCGACGACCAGCCGGUGGUCCACACAGUCUGGAGCAACGGAAAGCUCGUUACUCUUACAAAGUCGCGCCGCGCGUCCGCGAAACAAAACGCCAAACAGAACGAGACCUCGUCCAGCAAAUCGACGGCGGCGAAGGAAGAAGAAUCUGCCCCGGAGGCUACCGCGCCUACGAAGAAACGCAAAGUCAAGAAAUACCUAGAGAAAGGCCUUUAUGCCGGUCAGCCAAUGCCGGAUACCUACACCAUUGGCCUCACGACAGCUGAGAAGAAGCGCAUGGCCCAGAUUCCCGAACUGAAGUCGUUGCCUCAACCCACCAAGGUCCUUCCUUUGCCCAUGUACAAUGGCUUGCGUCUCCUGAUUAAGGGCAGGGACUUCAAGCUUCCAUUCGACGUGUGCAAUCCCCUACCACCUGGCCAACCCAAGCCUGAUGAAUGGAGGAAGAUGACGAAGAAUCGGUUCAUUGGCGAUUCGAAAGAAUACUGGAGGAAGACUCCUCACAUCAAUGACUUCCAGUCCAAAUGUGUCUGCAAGCCCGAGGACGGCUGCGGCGAAAGCUGCCAAAAUAGGAUCAUGCUCUACGAAUGUGACCAAACCAAUUGCAACGUGGGCAAAGAGUAUUGCACCAACCGCGCCUUUACCGACCUCGCCGAGCGUCGCUCUGCCGGUGGAAAAUACAGAAUCGGGGUUGAAGUCAUCAAGACGGCCGACCGAGGUUAUGGCGUUCGCAGCAACCGCUGUUUCGAGCCGAACCAAAUCAUUAUGGAGUACACGGGCGAAAUUAUUACCGAGGAAGAGUGUGAGCGGAGAAUGAAUGAGGUCUAUAAGAACAAUGCCUGCUAUUACCUCAUGUCUUUCGACCAGAACAUGAUCAUCGACGCCACCACCGGAUCGAUUGCGCGGUUCGUCAACCACUCCUGUAACCCGAAUUGCAGGAUGAUCAAGUGGAUCGUGGGCGGUAACCCUCGCAUGGCGCUCUUCGCUGGUGACAGGCCCAUAAUGACCGGAGAGGAGCUUACCUACGACUACAAGUUCGAUCCAUUCUCGGCGAAGAACGUGCAGACAUGCCUCUGCGGGGAGCAUAAUUGCCGUGGUGUCCUGGGUCCGAAGCCCAAGGAGGCUAAGUCGGAGGCAAAGGGAAAGGCUGUGAAGGCGGCGCUGAAAGAUUCUGUCAAAUCUGGCAAGCGCAAGCUCAAGGAGCUUUUGGGAGGCGAAGAUGAGAAGGGAAGUGCCAAGAAGCGCAAGAUUAGCAAUGCCAGCGGUGUCAAACGCUCGCUAUCGAGCGCGAGCUUGAAGGCGGCGAAGGGUGCGGCCACGGUGGUCAAGAGGAGCGUAUCUGCGGUGUCACUCAAAGCUAAGAGCAGUUUGGGCGGCCUCAACGCGAAAGGAAAAUCGCCUACGACGAAGGCACAGUCCAAAGCGAGCAAGACCAAGGCGUCGGGGAAGGGGACGCCUCUGAGCGCGAGCAAAAAGCGCAACACGCUAGUCAAGCAGCAACAGCCCCGCAAGAUCGCGUCGACUGACGCCCUGAAGAAGACGAGUACGGGUAGAGUCACGAAAGUGUAUGCGAAGGCGCAGCAAACGCCUUCACCUACGAAGAGGCAGGCUAAAGGAUCGGCCUCUCAAGUGCCGGGAUCGACCAUUGUAGCGGCGGCUGCUACUGGUUCCCAGGCCUCACCGGGAUUUAGAAGUAGCCCAAUCUCGAAGAGUGGUCGCGUCCGGAAGCUCACCGAGAAGGCGGCUUCGCCACGCAUGGCGAUGGAGCUAUCGAGGGCAGCUCGAGUUCGUCUUGUGCAGUCGGAUGAGUGA